CAGUCUUUCCUCGUCCCUGCGGACGUUGGACAACAUUUCAAAGCCGAAUCAUUUCUUCAUCAUCUCUACUUCUCUCCAUUUUUUCUGCUGUUUUAGAGAAUCCCAGGGCAGUAGUUUGGUUUAGCUAUUGAUUGGCAUAAACAAGCUGGUGAUGACUUGUUUCUCUUUCUGUUUUAGAAAGAAGGUAGCUUCUUCAACUACACGAACAGCAGAAGUUGAUGACGUGGUUUCAGGAAUCCAGAAUGUCAAUAGGUACAGUUACAGAGAAUUGCGAAUUGCCACACAGGAUUUUAGUCUGGCUAAUAAAAUUGGGGAGGGAGGUUUUGGUUCCGUCUACAAGGGAACACUCAGAGAUGGCACCGUUGUGGCCAUAAAGGUGCUUUCAGCUCAGUCACGGCAAGGAUUACGAGAAUUUUUGACAGAGUUAAGUGUGAUCUCAGUAAUUGAGCAUGAAAACCUUGUAAAGUUGUAUGGUUGUUGUGUUGACGAGGAUCAAAGAAUCUUGGUCUAUGGCUAUCUUGAGAAUAAUAGCCUUGCACAAACUCUUUUGGAUGGAGGACGCAGUGGCAUCCAAUUUAGUUGGAAAACCCGAACAAAAAUUUGCAUUGGUGUUGCAAGGGGGCUUGCAUUUCUUCAUGAGGAGGUCCAUCCGCAUAUUGUUCAUAGAGAUAUCAAAGCAAGCAAUAUCCUCCUUGACAAAGACCUGACUCCCAAAAUCUCUGAUUUUGGUCUAGCAAAGCUCAUUCCAGAAGACCAGACUCAUGUUAGUACACGUGUUGCUGGAACAACAGGUUAUUUGGCCCCUGAGUAUGCAAUAAGAGGUCAGCUGACGAGGAAAGCAGAUAUUUACAGUUUUGGUGUUCUCCUCUUGGAAAUUGUUUGUGGGAGAAGCAACAAGAAUACGCGGUUAGCUUAUGGGGAACAUUAUCUUCUUGAAAUGGUAUGGGAGCUUCAUGAGAGAAGGGAGCUAGCAGAUGCAGUGGACACAUCAUUGAAUGGGGAUUUCGACAUUGAGGAGGUUUGCAGAUUCCUCAAGAUUGGUCUGCUCUGCACCCAAGACAUGCCAAAAUCCCGGCCAACCAUGUCUACUGUGGUCAGCAUGCUAACAGGAGAGGCAGAUGUGGAUGACAAUAUAUCCAGACCUGGCCUCAUUUCUGAGCUCAUGGGCAUUAAAGUUGGAGGUGCCCAGAGAUACAAGCCUGAUACGGCAUCUGGCUCAGGCAAGCUGGACAAUUCAUCAUUGUCAUCAGGAAUGCCCACUUCAAUUGCCACAAUGACCUUCAAUUCAAUAUAUGAUCGAAGCGGGUAAAAUCUUAGACAUUCUUUUUAGCGUUUUGGAGGUACUCAAUUCCUUUUUAGAGAGAAUUCCCAGUUUUGCCCUGGGAAAGAAUCAACCUUGUUUACCUUCUGUUCCCCUUGUUGUGAGACUCCUGAUCUUGUAUAUUUUGUAUAACCCAUCAUUUUUUUUUUUUCCUUUCAUUUUCCAAUUCAUGUUAACUCUAUUGGAGUGUAUUCUUUUAGACAAACUAGUCUUCCAAAGCUCAGAAAUGCUUUCUCUCUACAACUUCCCAAUUAGAUAUUGUAUUUGAUCUUGUCAAAUGAAUGGAAAAAGGCGAUGAAUUGUUGAGUGUUUGAUGCA